CUUUUUAUAUUAAUUCCACCCGUUUUCGAAUUGGAGAGACCUACCAAUUUGUUUCCGCUGGAUUUUUGUCACCUAUACGUUGUCGACAGGACAUCUAUACAAAGACGUGAAAAAGGAAUAAAAAAUAUAAUGUGGUGAAUUGCAAACAUAAAAUUCCUCCAUCGAAAUGCUCCUGUUACAGUUUUCACAAUAUUUACAAAGGAUGCCACACAAGCCCAGUUUGGUAUUUUUAUUGCUGCUCAUUGUUUCCACUACUUUCCUGGAUAAAACGGCUGCAAACCUUGAAACUGAGGCACCCCAAACAACUACUCCUGAACCGGACGCUUCACCGGGAUGCAAGGCACCAGAUAUUCGGUUCACUGUUGUAAAGCCAGAGACGACCACUCACCAACCGUAUGCCAAGUUCGAAACGACACCUUCUUAUACGGCUGAUGAAUUCACAACAUCCGACGUAGAAUUUGUCGAAAGGAUUAAUAUUGACCUGACAGGACGUCAUAACGGCAAUCAAAUGGGAGGCAUUGUGAAUCCCUAUCAGGUCAGUAUGAAUGAUCAUAAUGCAGCUGGAAAUCUGCACGCCAACGAUAUGGCAGCGGCGGAUGAAGACGCAGGCGAAGACGAAGAUGCAGACCCAGAUGGAUCAACUCCAAAUCCUCUCCAAAGCCGCAAGAACAAUGCUAAAAAACGACGAACCGGCCAGGGUCAACGGAGGCGCAUAGAAAACGAAAAUGGCCAGACCCGUGGUCGCGGUAGCCGUUACAAGCGACACCUGGUGGAUUAUGUCGUUAAUAAUGCUCUCGAUGCGGAAAAUUCAAUGGGGAACCUAUCCAAUGUGACAAGGGAUGUGUAUUACAUUCGUUUCGACAACGACACAAAGAAUCUUGGCCCGAAUAGUGAACUCAAAUAUACAAUUUAUCGAUUGAAAAGCAAACGCCGAAAUCAUGCGCAGAAUCAAACCACAUAUGUUGACGCAUCGGAAAAUGGGAUAAAGCCACAUCAUCGACAUCGCGGGGAGAUUCGGGACUUCAAACAUACGCCCAGCACGGAUGACCAAGACGGAAACAAUGGUCUCGCACCACCAUUGGAGCCGACUAAAGAGGUUGAUGCUUAUGCCAACACACACUCCAAUGUGAGUGAAAAUAGCACUUUGCAACGCGUAAAGCGCAAAUCAGGCAAAACCACCGGCGCUCUUAGUCGUCCCAAGGGUGGUGGCGAUUCCAGUUCAAAAACGACAAGCCGCAAGGACAAAGGUAUUUUUGAUGAAGAUGGCGGCUAUUCCCCCGUUCAUCCCGACGAGGGAGACUCCGACGAAGAGGACGAAGAGGAGGAAGAGAUUGAUAUACAACAACAGUUCACUGAAGUGUCGGAAAUUCGUUUCCCUGGAGAAAUUGGUCCUUUGGGAGAUAGACGCUUGUGCAAAAUUCGGUGUGUCAAAGGAAAGUGGGUGGGUCCACUCUGUGCCACCAAUGAGGAGGAUGAAAACGGAAAUGUGAAAUUUCAGCCGUUGUAUAAGUCGUGUCAUGUCCAAAGAAUUCCGCCCUAUUUACUGUUGAGUUACCGCAACAUCUCUGUGACCCCCAUCUACCGUUCUCGUCGCAAUCGAACGUCUAAAUCGAAUUUUAUUUCCAAUACACAAAUUAAUGUUGGCUGGGACCUGCCGCAUGGUCACUCUCUGCAAGCGCGAUGUAAAGACUUAGGUAUGUACAAGCUGCUGGGCGAAUCGAGGGUUCUGUGCUCGAACGGCUUGUGGGCGCCGCGAAUGCCUUCGUGUGUACCCACAACCUUACUGACAAACUUUUCGGACGACAGUGCUCCGUCCAUUAAAUACAAGAUCUUGAACGGCUCGGGCUCCUUCGAACCAUCGGGAGUACUGGCAGUGUUGCCGCACAGCACAAUUUUGUUAGACUGCAUGUAUCCAAGGGUGCGCGGCAUACCCGAAUGGACCUGGACUAGUUGGUAUAUGCAAUACCCAACGGGUUGGACCCAUGAGGAUAAGAACUUACGCUAUCGCCUAAGCAUUAAAGACAUCGAAAGCAAGGACUCUGGGACAUUUACUUGCACGUCGCCCAGAGGUCUCACUAACAGUGUUAGCAUAGCUGUAGCGCAAUCCACUUGCCCGCAGCUUCCAGAACCGGCGCCACCGCUCACAUUGCGUUUAGAAGGUAACAAGCUAGGCCAGAGGGCUAUGUACCGUUGCCCACCUGGCUUCAGAGUGGAUGGUAUUGUAAAUGCAACAUGUUUAGCUUCCGGCAAUUGGUCAUCGCCGCCGCCAACGUGUCAAGCUGUCCAAUGUCCACGUUUGAUUUUAGAUGAUCCACACCUGAGUUUGGUUGAGUUGAAUACAUCUGCUUGGGGGCGGGCGGUGUUCAAAUGCCAGUGGGGUUUCAAACUGACCGGUCCACCGGGUUUGGAAUGUGAUCCGUCGGGCGUGUGGAGUGGCACAGUACCCAGAUGUAAAGCCAUACAGUGUCCAACGCCUGUAGCCCCGUUGAAUGGACGGAUUGGGGGUACGAAUAUGAAUCAACGACGCCUUACCGUUGGAGCGCUUAUAACUUUCAGUUGCAACGAAGGUCACACCCUGGUCGGAGAGCCGAGUAUUAUUUGUACCGAGAGUGGGCUAUGGUCUCAUCCACCGCCGUUUUGUAAAUCAGGGUGCCCUUACCCCGGAGAUCCUCCAAAUGGACUUUUGGCACCGUUGAAAUUUAAUUACGAAUCCGGUGACUAUAUAAGUGUCCAGUGUCGCCCGGGUUAUAUUCAAUAUAAUGAGAUUGGUGGUCCACCAGAUCGGCCCAAAUGCCUGCCUGAUGGCAACUGGUCUAGUCCUGUACCAAAAUGUCGUAGCUACGAAGAUGUGUAGCUGAUAAAAUCGAAAACUUUGUUUACCCGUUUAGACUAUUUUAAGCUAAUUAACUAAUUUAACCCGCACCAAUUUCUUUGUACAGAGAUCACGUCACCUGCCAAUCCUAUAUAUGUAAAAAUAUAUAUAUUUAUUUAUAAAGUAUUCAUCCCGUGAUUGUAUAUGAACGUUAUGUAAUUAAAUUCCCAAGAUUAAAAUGUAUCUUUAUGUCAUAGGCUUUGGAAACAGUCAUCUGGGUGUAUUUAAAAUGUAAGGGGUUCAAUGUAGAUAACCCGUCAACCUGGAUCGGGUUGCUUUAAGAAGCUUCAACUAGCUUUUUGGAAGUUUAUACACUUACAUAAAUAUGUGUAGGAAACCACUUCCAAAUAUGCAUUAUUUUAAAAUUUCUUACAUUGGCAAUUUGCAGCUUACAAAUUUAAUCCCAUGUCAGAAGAACAUUUCAAGUCAAACCUCAAGCAGUCAAUUCAUGUUGGGCGUGUUUUCCAAUUAUUUUGUGAAAUGAAUGCGACAAAAUUGUCAUUCGAAGUCUUCAGGGUAGUCUUUUACAUUUGUGAUUUAUUUUAUACGAUGCAAUUGCAGAAAACUAAAAGUUAAAUUAGAUAAAUUCCUUUCGCUGCAUUGGAUAAACUCCUUUCGAUAUUCCCCCAGAUAUGUUAUCAACCACGCUGGUCGAAAACAAUAUAGCUUUCAAAACGUUAUACAAUGUGAAUUUUUUUUGACAUAGGAAUCAAUCGCAUUAAAUAGUUAAAUAGUGUAUUGAUACUUGAUAUUAGUGUAUUUACACAUAAUUAGUUGUUUGAUAAUUCGUUCCACCAAACUCUUGUAAUUUACUUACAUAAGAAAAGAAAAAUGUAGCAAUAAAAAUAAAAUUUAAU